CCUUCUCGUUCGGGGCGCCUCUCUGGCGACGGCUCGUGGAUCGACUGGACUGGCAGAUGAGGAUCCCAAACCUCAGUCCCCGAUCCCCGAUGCUGCGGUCCGUUGGUGAUGUUGGCUGCAUGGGUCAGGAGCAUGGGCUACAUGGUCACCACGUCCAAGUCGUGACUGUCGAGGGUGCCUCGCGAUGAGGCCAUGGCUGGCCCGAUGAGGCUUCACAUACAGGACUGAAGCAAGUAUAUAACACCGUCCGCAUGUGCCUGUGAUGAUGCUGCUCAACUUCCAACCCAAGCUCCAAUACCUUCGUCUCUGCAACUGUGCAACACCAUCCCUAGCCUCGCAGCAGCACUCAUCAACUUUGUGUCCUCUUGACCCUCGCGAUCUUCUAUCCUCAUCAUGUCUUCCUGGAGAGUUAUCAGCAGACAAUUUGUCGGAUAUGCCAAACUCAGUGGCGAUAGGACAAUCGCAGUUUCGGUCGCGACGGAACUUGAAGGGUACAAGAGACUUCAGGUUGCUGUCGAUGUCAUCGGGCCGAAGUUCCUCAAGGCCGUGGAAAACGACAGCUCGCAGAUUACCAGCACCGCAGAUGAGGUUUGCAUGAGGAUGCCUGAUCACGAUUUCAACCCUGACGAACCCACGCAUUUCACUGCCGCGAACUUCGAGAAAGGGGUUCAGAAGCAGCCGUGCCACGUCAAAGCCUGAGGUAUAUGCCAGGCGGCCCCUGUCUCCUGCGAAGGGCUUGAGUGGAAGUCGCACCAGUGUUGGGUUUUCCGCAAUGCAAUGGGUUGUCUCCAGCUGUACCGCAGUUGCAGCCAAUCAAUGACUGUCUCCGGAACAACGGGCCGUUGGGUUGGGGUACGGACUGAGUGGCUGCGCACUAGGACCCGGUGUUCGAGCUUUUCCCUACAUCUUAUCUCCAGGCUGGUUCCUGUUUCUGUAUAACUUAUAGGACACUCCUAGUUUAUUUUUUAGUUUGGUUUUGCCCCCACUUUUUGACAGGGGCUGACAGCCAACCAAACUCGGCUCUUUUACCCACCUGUUUCUUAUCACUCUCUGGAAUCUAAGUUCGACUGAAGCACGUUUAAUAUCGAUAAAGCAGUGUAUUAAAC